GCAGCAGUGAAUCACACACUAUCACCUGAAGAAGAGCAAAAGGAAUCUGCUAGCCUGCUUUCCUAAAAGAAGGAGUCGAGAAGAGCCAUACAGCAGAAAGCAAAAAAAGAAAAAAGCAAGCUCCCCUGUUGGUUUGCUUUAAUCAAGUUGAGAAUUUGCUGCCUGUCUGAGCUUUAUAGCAAUUCUGCUGAUGUAUGAAAGGGUUGUUUUUUUUAAGCGCAGCUGGAAAAAGCAGGAAGGCAGCGGCUGCUGCUGCUGCCAUCACCACUGAUGCAGUAGCCAGUGCAGCAGAAUGGAUGUGUGAAAGCCCCCGCCGUCUGAACCUCUCCAUCUCUGUUGCUUCUCCGAUUCGAGUCUGUCUUCAUUAACCAUCUCCAGAAGGGACAGAUGCACUAACUAAGGAAGUCCUACACUGGAUCUAUCACUGUGUACGCCUCCCGUGAGGAAAAUGGUCAACAAAGACAUGAAUGGAUUUCCAGUCAAGAAGUGUUCUGCUUUUCAGUUUUUUAAAAAGAGGGUACGGCGAUGGAUUAAAAGUCCAAUGGUUAGCAUGGAAAAACAUCAGUCAAGCAGCCUAAAAUACCAGGGGUCCACUAUGAUGCAUAUACCUCAACCGGAGUCAGAAAUUGAGUCUCCGUUGUGCCAGAUGUGCUUCAGUGACCAUGCUUUUCAAAAUGGGAUUGUACCUCAGGACACAGAAUCAUGUUCCUGGGAAGGCCACAGAGGCUGCAAAAUGAAAGAACUCUACAGUAAAGAUCUGUUGGCUCAACCUGAUCAGAGAACAUUCUGGGCAAAUGAGGACUCCGCUUUUAUGAAGCAGAGGAGAAUGGGGCUGAACGACUUCAUUCAAAAAAUCGCCACCAAUUCCUAUGCGUGCAAGCACCCUGAAGUUCAAUCUAUUUUGAAAAUAUCCCAUCCUCAAGAGCCUGAACUUAUGAAUGCCAAUCCUUCACCUCCGCCCAGUCCAUCGCAGCAGAUUAAUCUUGGCCCUUCCUCUAACCCACAUGCAAAACCAUUGGAUUUCCAUUUCCUGAAAGUUAUUGGGAAAGGCAGUUUUGGGAAGGUCCUUCUGGCAAGGCACAAGGCAGAAGAACAAUUCUAUGCAGUGAAAGUACUUCAGAAGAAAGCAAUCCUGAAAAAAAAGGAGGAGAAGCACAUAAUGUCAGAACGCAACGUCUUACUGAAAAACGUGAAGCACCCUUUCCUAGUAGGACUCCACUUUUCUUUCCAGACAGCCGACAAACUGUAUUUUGUACUAGACUACAUCAAUGGUGGCGAGUUGUUUUAUCAUCUCCAGAGGGAACGUUGCUUCUUAGAACCAAGAGCUCGUUUUUAUGCUGCUGAAAUAGCCAGCGCACUGGGCUACCUGCAUUCUCUAAAUAUUGUUUAUCGGGACUUGAAGCCAGAGAACAUUUUACUUGAUUCUCAGGGCCACAUUGUCCUGACGGACUUUGGCCUCUGCAAAGAGAACAUAGAGCACAAUGGCACAACUUCCACAUUUUGUGGCACUCCCGAGUACCUUGCCCCUGAAGUCCUUCACAAGCAACCCUAUGACCGGACAGUUGAUUGGUGGUGCCUUGGAGCAGUUUUGUUUGAAAUGCUUUAUGGACUGCCUCCAUUCUACAGUAGAAACACUGCAGAAAUGUACGAUAACAUCUUGAACAAACCUCUUCAGCUGAAGCCGAAUAUCACCAACUCUGCUCGACACCUUUUGGAAGGCCUUUUGCAAAAGGACAGAACUAAGAGGCUGGGUGCCAAGGAAGAUUUUAUGGAGAUUAAGAAUCACAUCUUCUUCUCCCCAAUUAACUGGGAUGAUCUCAUUAAUAAGAAGAUUACACCUCCUUUUAACCCCAAUGUGAGCGGCCCCAACGACUUGCGACACUUUGACCCUGAGUUUACAGAGGAACCUGUCCCCAACUCCAUUGGCCAGUCGCCAGACAGCAUACUCAUCACUGCCAGCGUUAAGGAGGCUGCGGAGGCUUUUCUGGGCUUUUCCUAUGCACCCCCCAUGGAUUCUUUCUUAUGAAUCUUCCAUUAUUAUUAUUUUUUAUCGUGACCUUUUUGUUGGCCUUCUGGUUGAGCUGCCAGUUGUCCGGCCAUCUUGAAAGAGGAUAAUUUUGCACAUCUUCCCACUGUGGCAGCUUUGCAGCCUUAAUUUCAAUGAUACUGUUUGCUGGAAGCUUUUUUUGUUUUCAUUAUUGUUGCUGCUGUUUGGAAGAGCACACCUAACUCUUUUAAAUGAACUUGUGAACAUUUCACUUCUGGUUCUUCCCACUCACCAAAGUGGUGCUAUCUCUUGUGGAAGUUGAAGUAGAAACAAAAAGCAGCUGCUGCCAUAGACUGCCGUAGAUCGUAAGCAUAAGAACACACCGUGUGGGGUUUUUUUGCUUUUUUUUUGGUUUUUUGAGAAAAUGUUCUGAAAAGCCUUGGUUGAAGUGCUUCCUGGAUGUGAUAAGGAUUUUACGAAAUGUGCCUUUUAUCAGACAAGAUCUUGUGAGCUCCAACGCUUUUCCUGUCACAAGAGUAUUUCUUAAGUCGUAUGUGUGGGUUUGCUAUGUGGACAAUGGUAUGAGUGUGUGGUAUGCGCAAUUUGCUGAUGGACUUGGUUCAAAAGCGUCAAGCAUGACACUCGCAGGACAUUACAAUGUGGGGCAUUGUUUGUUACCUUCCAUAUUUGGAAGAUGAUAAAUUAAUAAGUGUAGAUAAUGAUUUUUUUAAUAUAAAAACUGUACAGUUAAUAAUGAAAACUAUCCAGAUGGGCUUUGACAAUGUAUCUAAAAUGCUUGAAGAAAGCAUUGCUGCUAUGGAAAAAUAUAUAAAUACUUCUAUUUUUAGAAAGGGUUUUAUGGACCAAAAUGCCCCUGCUGCAGUCUGCUAGAGAUGUUCAUUUUUUUUCACUCAUCUGUAAAAUUGGGCAUUAUUUAUGGUUUGUGGGGGUUUUAUGUUUGCAUUCCUGAUUGUAUGUAUUGUAAGAAGAAAAAGACCUGUACAGUUGGUUGCAAUACUAGAUGUAUAUUUAAAAGGAAAAAAGGCUUAUAACGUAUAUCACCAUUGUAAUGUACUUAACAUGGUUAUAAUAUGUACCAUUUUUGUGACCAAACCCAUUGGUUUGCAGUAAAAACUUGGACAAUAUUUCUAUAAA